AUAGAAGAAUAUAAAAGGGGACCGGAUUGCCUCCUCUGGUUGUUGCUCUGUCUGUCAUCUUUCGACUGAACUAGGUGAUCGGUCAGUUUGUGUCAAGUCUCUGUUCAAGAAUUGCUUUCUUUCUUUCUUCCAAGCUAUCCAUCUUGUUGUUGUUGAACAGAAUGGUUAAUGCCGCUCUUCUUGCAGCUCUGACUGCCUACUCGGUAGCUGUUGCUGCUGCUCCAACCACACCUCAGGUGAAGGGAUUCUCCAUCAGCCAAGUUGCUGUUCCUAAGAGUGCCUACCGUCAUCCUGCUGCCCAGCUGGCCAAGGCUUAUGGAAAAUACCAUGCAACUGUUCCUACGCAGGUCGCUGCAGCAGCUGCUUCCACUGGCUCUGUCACCACGAAUCCCACGUCUGAUGACGAGGAGUAUAUCACUCAGGUGACUGUCGGGGAGGAUACCCUGAGUCUGGAUUUCGAUACUGGCUCAGCAGAUCUGUGGGUAUUCUCCUCGCAGACCCCUGCGUCUGAACGUAGCGGUCACGACUACUACACACCCGGAUCAUCCGCUCAAAAACUCAGCGGUGCCACUUGGGACAUUUCUUAUGGAGACGGCAGCUCUGCCAGCGGCGAUGUCUAUCUGGAUAAAGUGACGGUUGGCGGUGUCUCAUACGCCAGCCAAGCAGUCGAGUCGGCUGAAAAAGUUAGCAGCGAAUUCACCGAAGAUACUGCAAGUGAUGGUCUCCUGGGCCUCGCCUUCAGCAGCAUCAACACCGUGCAGCCAACUCCUCAGAACACCUUCUUUGACAAUGUUAAGAGCUCCCUGAGCCAGCCUCUCUUUGCGGCUGCUCUGAAGCAUAACGCACCGGGUGUCUACGACUUUGGAUUCACCGAUUCGUCCAAGUACACUGGUUCCAUCACUUACACCGAUGUCGACAACUCCCAGGGCUUCUGGGGCUUUACAGUUGAUAGCUACUCUAUCGGCUCGGACUCGACCAGUGACUCUAUUAGUGGUAUUGCUGACACUGGUACUACUCUCCUUCUCCUUGACGACAGCAUUGUCGAAGCCUACUACGAGCAGGUCGACGGAGCUACUUACGACGACAGCCAGGGUGGCUACGUCUUCCCAUCUUCUACCACUCCCCCUGACUUUUCUGUCACCAUUGGUGAUUACACCGCCACGGUCCCCGGUGAAUAUAUCAGCUUCGAAUCUGUUGGCAACGGCCAGACAUACGGUGGUAUCCAGUCCAACUCUGGCAUUGGGUUCUCCAUCUUCGGCGAUGUCUUUCUCAAGAGCCAGUAUGUUGUCUUCGAUGCUUCUGGACCCCAGCUUGGUUUUGCUCCCCAGGCGUAAAUGUUCGAGAUGGUGGCUUGGACUAGCUUGAUGUGUGUGGACGGCUCUGUUA